CACAACACUCUCUAGCUCUCUCUCUCUCUCUCUCUCUCUCUCUCCGGCCUUUGCAACUCUUAUCUGAAGACAAAACAUGAACUUUAUCAUCUGAUCAUCUCCAAUCAUCUCUAGUGUUUCUCAAACCAAGAAGAAGCUAUGUUCAAGCUCUUUAGUUCCGCAGCAGAAACGUGUUUUCAUCUCAUGAGAACGCAAUGGUUGCAACAAAACUCGCUUUGCUUGAAAGAACGUACAAGCAUGGGUAUGCAAGUGGCCUUCCUUGCUUUCUAUGUUACUCAUUUGGCACUAAAAUGGUUUGGUGUAGUGAGAAACAGAGGAUAUAAUGAUGUAGAAGAAGACUUGAAGAAGCAGAGCAUAACCGUGAAGCAGAGCUUCUCUUACAACAUAUCUCUUAUCUGCUCUGUGUCGAUCUUCGGGACUCAUUGCUUUAUCUUGCUUUUGCUGUUUCGGGACAGCGUGGUGUCACGAUGUGGUUCCUCUGUUUCUGUCUUCUCCGCUGAGGUUUCACAGGCUUUCUCUUGGUUGAUUGUUUCUGUUGCUGUGGUGAAGAUCAGAGAAAAGAGGCUUGUUAAGUUUCCUUGGAUGUUAAGGACAUGGUGGCUCUGUAGUUUCAUCUUAUCCUCUGCCUUUGAUGCUCACUUCGUAACCUCGAAACACAAGCCUCUCGGAUUUCAGGAUUAUGCCGACUUGACUGGUCUUCUUGCAUCCUUGUUCUUGCUGGCUGUUUCAAUCAGAGGGCAAACCGGUUUCCGUCUUCUUGAAGCCAACGGAAUCACAGAGCCACUACUACUUGGUGGAGAAACUGAGCAAGACAAGAAAGAUUCUUCUUCUUCUACUUCUCCAUAUGGGAACGCUACUCUCUUCCAACGCGUCACUUUCUCAUGGAUAAACCCUUUGUUCUCCCUCGGGUACAAGAGACCUCUCGGCAAAGAAGAUGUACCAGACAUAGAUGUGAAAGACUCUGCUCGUUUUUGCUCUCAUGCCUUUGACCAGAAACUGAAAACCACCAAAGAAGAAGAAGGACCUGGAAAUGCUUUCUUUUAUAAGACGGUUCUUCGAUAUGUCUGGAGGAAAGCCGCGAUCAACGCGGUAUUCGCAGUUGUAAACGCGAGCACAGCUUACAUCGGACCAUAUCUCAUCAAUGACUUUGUAGUGUUUCUAAGUGAGAAACAAUCCCAGAGCUUAAACCAUGGUUACCUUCUUGCACUCGGGUUUCUAAGUGCCAAAAUCGUCGAGACAGUUACUCAAAGGCAAUGGAUCUUUGGAGCUCGUCAGCUAGGAAUGCGCCUUCGAGCAGCUUUGAUAUCGCAUAUAUACCAAAAAGGUUUACUUUUGUCAAGUCAAUCACGGCAAAGCCACACGAGCGGAGAGAUCAUCAACUACAUGAGUGUAGAUGUUCAGAGGAUCACUGAUUUCAUUUAUUAUGUAAACACCAUAUGGAUGUUACCUAUACAGAUCUUCUCGGCGAUUUAUAUCUUGCAAAAACAUCUGGGACUUGGAGCUUUAGCUGCAUUGGUCACAACUUUCAUGGUGAUGGCGUGCAAUUACCCCCUGACGAAGCUGCAGAGAAACUACCAAUCAGAUAUCAUGAAUGCUAAAGAUGAUAGAAUGAAAGCAACUUCAGAGAUUCUUAAAAACAUGAAGAUUCUGAAGCUUCAAGCAUGGGAUAACCAAUUUCUCAACAAGGUUAAAACGUUACGAAAAAAAGAGUACGAUUGUUUAUGGAAGUCUUUGAGGUUACAAGCCUUCACUACUUUCAUCCUUUGGGGAGCUCCUUCACUGAUCUCUGUGGUGACUUUUGUUACCUGUAUGUUACUGGGAGUGAAGCUAACAGCUGGAGCAGUCUUGUCUGCUCUUGCAACGUUUCAAAUGUUACAAAGUCCUAUUUUUGGUUUACCUGAUCUUCUCUCAGCGCUUGUUCAGUGCAAGGUUUCUGCAGAUAGAAUAGCUUCUUACCUUCAACAAAGCGAGACUCAGAAGGAUGCAGAUGCAGUUGAGUAUUCCUCAAAUGAUCAUGCAGAGUUAAGUAUUGAAAUAGAAAAUGGAGCUUUCAGUUGGGAACCUGAGCCAAGCAGACCGACUCUUGAUGAGAUAGAACUGAAAGUAAAAAGAGGAAUGAAAGUGGCGGUUUGUGGAGCUGUAGGAUCAGGAAAAUCAAGUUUACUCUCAUCAAUCUUAGGGGAGAUUCAGAAGCUGAAGGGAACAGUUAGAGUUAGUGGUAAACAAGCUUAUGUUCCUCAAUCGCCAUGGAUACUAAGCGGGACUAUAAGAGAUAACAUUUUGUUUGGAAGCAUUUAUGAAAGCGAGAAGUAUGAGAGAACUGUUAAAGCAUGUGCUUUGAUUAAGGACUUUGAGCUUUUCUCUAAUGGAGACCUGACAGAGAUUGGAGAGAGAGGGAUAAACAUGAGUGGAGGUCAGAAGCAAAGGAUACAGAUUGCUCGAGCGGUAUAUCAGAAUGCUGAUAUAUAUCUACUGGAUGAUCCUUUUAGUGCUGUUGACGCUCAUACAGGAAGACAACUCUUUGAAGACUGCUUAAUGGGGAUACUGAAAGAAAAGACUGUACUUUACGUUACCCAUCAAGUCGAGUUUCUUCCAGCAGCAGAUCUAAUCCUGGUGAUGCAAAACGGAAGAGUGAUGCAAGCAGGCAAGUUCGAAGAGCUUCUAAAACAAAACAUAGGUUUUGAAGUUCUUGUAGGAUCUCAUAACGUAGCACUAGAAUCAAUCCUAUCAAUUGAAAAAUCAAGCAGAAACUUCAAAGAGAAAUCAAAAGAUGACACAGCAUCAAUUUCAGAGAGUCUACAGACACAGUGUUACUCAGAGCAUAACAUUUCAACAGAGAAUAAAGCACUUCUUGCUGCAGGAAGUUCACUUUGUGUUUUAGCAAGGACUAUUCUAGUCGCGAUAGGUGGACUUCUAACAGCAGAGACGUUCUUCUCAAGGAUGCUCUGCAGCAUUUUCAGAGCUCCCAUGUCAUUUUUCGAUUCAACUCCAACAGGAAGAAUCUUGAACAGGGCAUCCACAGAUCAAAGUGUCCUGGAUUUGGAAAUGGCAGUCAGACUAGGUUGGUGUGCUUUUUCGAUCAUUCAAAUUGUUGGAACCAUCUUUGUCAUGUCGCAAGUGGCUUGGCAAGUUUGUGUCAUCUUCCUUCCAGUAGCAAUAGCCUGCGUGUUUUACCAGAGAUAUUACACACCAACAGCAAGAGAACUGUCACGCAUGUCGGGAGUAGAAAGAGCUCCAAUCCUCCACCAUUUCGCUGAAUCGCUUGCUGGUGCAACAACAAUACGUGCUUUUGAUAAACGAGAGCGCUUCAUUAGAUCAAACCUUAUUCUAAUUGAUAGCCAUUCAAGGCCUUGGUUCCAUGUUGCAUCCGCAAUGGAGUGGCUUUCUUUCCGGUUGAAUUUGCUGUCUCAUUUUGUCUUUGCUUUUUCCUUGGUGUUACUUGUGACUCUCCCUGAAGGUGUCAUAAAUCCAAGUAUUGCUGGUCUUGGGGUCACAUAUGGCUUAAGUUUGAAUGUUCUACAAGCCACAGUAAUAUGGAACAUAUGCAACGCAGAAAACAAGAUGAUUUCUGUAGAAAGAAUUCUUCAGUACUCCAAAAUCCCCAGUGAAGCACCUCUAGUAAUUGAUGAUCACAGACCUCUUGAUAACUGGCCAAAUGUAGGAUCAAUCGUCUUCAGAGACCUACAGGUCCGCUAUGCAGAACAUUUCCCAGCUGUCUUGAAGAACAUCACCUGUGAGUUUCCAGGAGGAAAAAAGAUUGGAGUUGUAGGAAGAACAGGAAGCGGCAAAUCAACUCUAAUUCAGGCAUUAUUUAGGAUUGUAGAGCCAAGUCAAGGAACCAUAGUUAUUGAUAAUGUGGAUAUAACCAAGAUAGGUCUACAUGACUUGAGAUCAAGGCUUGGGAUUAUUCCUCAAGAUCCAGCACUAUUUGAUGGAACAAUCAGAUUGAAUCUAGACCCUCUAGCUCAGUACACUGAUCGUGAAAUAUGGGAGGCUCUUGAUAAAUGCCAAUUGGGAGAAAUCAUUCGUGCAAAGGAUAAGAAGCUGGAUGCUACAGUGGUUGAAAAUGGAGAAAACUGGAGCGUAGGGCAAAGACAGUUGGUCUGUCUUGGAAGGGUGUUGUUGAAGAAAAGCAACAUACUGGUGCUUGAUGAAGCCACUGCUUCAGUUGAUUCUGCAACAGAUGGUGUGAUACAAAAGAUCAUCAGUCAAGAGUUUAAAGAUCGAACAGUGGUGACUAUAGCACACAGAAUCCACACAGUGAUCGAGAGUGAUCUUGUUCUUGUUCUGAGUGAUGGGCGAAUCGCAGAGUUCGACUCACCUGCAAAACUGCUACAGAGAGAAGAUUCUUUCUUCUCCAAACUCAUAAAAGAGUAUUCGCUAAGUUCUAAUCACUUUACAGGCUCGAAUGAUCUCCUCAGCUGAGUAUCACUGAAAGAUGAUGAUAAUCUUUUGCCGAGAAAACGAAAGAUCAUUUCAACAGUUAUGCUUAAGUUGAAAGUCUUACUAGCUAUUUAGUACAUAAGUUGAACAAAGGUAUGGAGAGAGUACCAUGGUUAAGAGCAAGGCGUAUCGAAGAAAUUUCAACAUUUACUUUCAGUAUCUUUUAUGCUUUAAUCACAGAAGUACUUGUGGUUUAGGUUCUUUACCAGGUUUUCAGUGUGUUCUUGGAGAACAAUUCAUGUAAACAAUGGAAUAAAGCAGGAGAGUAUCUUCUAUUUAUCAAAUAAUACUCAAUCUA